UGAUGGAAGUGAAAGAGGAGAGUCAAGCUGAAGUGGAUGAGAAACAUCAGAUUGUAAAAAUAAAUCAUAAUGUUUCACUGAAAGAAACUCUGAAGACAGAAGACAUAAAGUGUGAAAAUAGUUUCAGUGAAGAUGAACGCCCUGCAGAUCACAAGAGGAUUCACAGUGAGGAGAAACCUUACACAUGUCAACAGUGUGGAAAGAGUUUCAUCUUUAAAUCGAACCUUAACCGGCACAAGAAAACUCACAGGGGGGAAAAGCCACAUGCGUGCCAGCAUUGUGAGAAGAGUUUCACAGAUAAAACUCAACUUAAGACACACGUAAGAGUUCACACUGGUGAGAAACCUUACACUUGUCAUCAAUGUGGAAAGAGUUUCAGAGCAAAAUGGCACCUUAAUGCACAUACGAGGAUUCACAACGGAGAGAAACCACAUGUGUGCCAUCACUGUGGAAUGAGUUUUAUAACUGCAAGUGAACUUAAGAAACAUUCAAGAAUUCACACUGGAGAGAAACCUUAUAAGUGUCAACAGUGUGGAAAGAGUUUCACCUUUCAAACAGGCCUUACCCAGCACAUAAAACAUAACAGGGGGAAAAAGACAAACACGUGCCAUCACUGUGACAAGAGUUUUCCAUCUACAUGUGAACUUAAGAUACACAUGAGACUUCACACUGUAGAGAAACCUUACACUUGUCAUCUAUGUGGAAAGAGUUUCAGAACAAAACAUGAUCUUAAUAUACACAUGAGGAUUCACACUGGAGAGAAACCUUACACUUGUCAUCUGUGUGGAAAGAGUUUCAGAAAAAAACAUGACCUUAACGUACACACGAGGAUUCACACCGGAGAGAAACCACAUGUGUGCCAUCAGUGUGGAAUAAGUUUUAUAACUGCAGGUGAACUUAAGAUACAUUCAAGUAUUCAUACUGGAGAGAAACCUUACAUAUGCUCUCAGUGUGAAAAGAGUUUUACAAAUAAAGGUAUUCUUAAGACACACAUGACACUUCACACUGGAGAAAAACCGUUCACAUGUCAUCUGUGUGUAAAGACUUUUAGAACGAAACGUGACCUUCAGAUACACAUGAUGUCUCACACUGGAGAGAAACCGUUCACUUGUCAACACUGUGGAAAGGGUUUUAUAAUGAAAUUUUGCCUUAAUGCACAUGUGAGAAUUCACACUGGAGAGAAACCAUACAUGUGUCAACAGUGUGGAAAGAGUUUCAGGACAAAACCAAACCUUAAUGUACAUUUGGUCACUCACACUGAAGAGAAGCCGUUCACAUGCCAUGAGUGUAAAAAGAGUUUCAAAACAAAAGCUGCCCUUAAAAAACACGCAAGAUUUCACACUCAAUAGAAAUCAUUCAUGUGUCAACAGUGUGGAUAUGGCAACAAAGUUUAUAAAUCAGCUGAGGUCUUAUUAAUAAAACUGUUUGGAGGAUCUUUACUAAAAGUCUACAAGCCCAAGAUGUCUGUCCUUGUGUUCUUGUGUUCUCGUGAAACGUCAUCAGUCGCGGCCCAAGUACUGUUCCAAUUCCAAGUUCACAUCAAGCCAAGUUCACAUAACAUCUCAGGAUGUGUUCUUGAUCCGCUCAUUUUAUUGAGGAUGCAUCAGAAGGUGAUUUGUGUGGACUUACGACAGCCAAGUUUAAGUUGAAGAAGCUUAAAACCUGCACAAUAUUUGAAAUAUUACUCUUUCUGUGUCAUAAAAUGUAGCCGUUUAGUCGAGAAUAUAGAUGAAUAAAGUAAAGAUAGUGCCUAUAUUAAAAUUUUCUCUGACAA